GAGUUGGUCACCUAAACAAGAAUUUAGCAGUAUGCUCAUCUCACUCAACAUAACAUAAACAUAAUGUAGCAGGUAUAAUUAGACACAUAAUUCCUUACUAAUUGAUUAUGUUAUUGACCAUUAAGAUGUUUGAUCUCUUACAAGUUCUUUCCAUCAUCAGUUUCUUGGUUCUUCUGAAGAGUGAUGCUCAGGUAAUGCUUGAAGUUCCUUCACUGAUGAAAUGCAAAUUUGACAAAAUAUAUCAGUUAGGUGACUCACUUUCUGAUACUGGAAACUUUAUCAGAGAGGGCUUCCUUGGAGCUUUCUCUCCAUUUGCAAAACUUCCUUAUGGUCAACACUUUCCCCAGAAUCAAUCAACUGGACGAUGUUCUGAUGGUUUGCUCAUGAUCGAUUUCAUAGCACUGGGAUGUGGUCUUCCUCUGCUAAUUCCCUACAAGGAUCAAAAUGGAAAUUUUUCACAUGGAGCAAAUUUUGCAGUAGCUGGAGCUACUACUUUACCAGCUGAAAUCCUGAUAGAGAAGAAUGCACUUCUCCUGGUUGGAGAAAUAGGAGGAAAUGAGUUCAAUUAUGGUUUAUUGCAAGGCAAAACGCUGGAGGAGUUGAGAGCUAUGGUUCCUGAAGUUGUUCAGAUCAUUAUCAAUGCUGUUAAAACAGUCGUUGUUUUUGGGGCUGUUCGAAUUGUUAUUCCUGAGAGUUUUCCAAUUGGUUGUAACCAAAUUUUUUGACAAUCCAAUAAUUCAACUGCGUACCAUUGCUUGAAAGAUUAAAAUAAGUUGGGAUUAUUCUACAAUCAUCCUAUGCAAAAAGCCAUUCAAGAAGUGGAGAAAGAGUAUUCAAACAUUACACUCAUUUAUGCUGACUACUACCAUGCUUAUCUAUGGCUUCUGCAAAAUGCCACAAGUCUUGGUAAGUACUCAAAAUGUAAUUUUUUAUAUUUUAUGAUUAUAACCACACUUCAUUAUUAGCAGAGCCAGAAAAGAAAUUAAAAGAAUGUGAUACAUGAUAUUUGAGCAUGCAUUAUAUACUUUGGAGGAUAUAUAUAUAUAUAUCAAAAAAUCACAUGUUAUUUCGAUUGAAA